AUGGCGCCGCGCGAGGUGCUGCUGUUCGGGCUGUCGGCGAACCCGCCGACGGGCGCCGCCGGCCACAUGGGCGUGGUGAGGCACUGUCGCCCCAUGUUUGACGAGAUCUGGCUGCUGCCCGUGUACCAGCACAUCUACUCGAGCAAGAGGCAGCUCGCGCCCUUCGAGCACCGCGUGGAGAUGUGUCGCUUGGUGCUGGAGUCGCUCCAGCGAGCAGACGACGCCGGCGCAGCGCUGAGGGUGGUGCAGGAGGAGCGCGAGAUGUUCGAGCGCGCGGCUGCAGCUAGCGACAAUGCAGAGCAGCUCCGGCUCGGCAGCAUCGACCUGGUGCUCUACCUGCGGGACAAGUACCGGGACACGAGCUUCACGAUGCUGCUGGGCGGCGACACGUACGCGGAUCUAUUGGCUGGCAAGUGGAAGCGCGGGGAUGAGCUCAUGCAACUGGUCAAGCUGCUGGUGGUGGAUCGCAAGGGCGUCGAGUCGCCGUGGCGAGACAAGCAGGAACAGGAGCAGGAGCAGGAGAGGGUCAAGUACCUGCACGUGCCCGAGCUCAGUGACGUGUCGUCCACGAAGGUGCGCGCGACCGCAGAUCGCACUGAGCUGGAGCAGCACCUGGAUCCGGCGGUGCUGAACUAUAUCGUCGAGCACAAGCUCUACGCGUUCGCCGCUGCGGAGUAA